AUGAAGCUCCUCUCUAUUCUCGCCACCCUUGCGGGCCUGGCCGCGUCGGCCACCGCCUUCCGCGUAUUUGACAACACGGCCUACACCAACACGUCCAUCGGCUUUGGCACGUCCAACAUCAACUGGAUCCCCAACUACGUCUGCUCGCCGCUGCUGGCCGGCGGCUCUCUGCCCAGCGAGGCGGUCUGGAAGGCCACCGUGCUCCAAUGGAUCACCUACCCGGGCUACCCACUUGUUCUCGACUGCGAGCAGCUCUACUUUAACAAUGCGGCCACCGCCGACACCAAUCUGCUGUGGCUCUCCACACUGCAGACAUGGGCCGCUCAGGUCCUGCCAGCCAACUCGAUUGCGGGUUGGUACGGCCUCGUUGGCAACACGAACACCGCCUUCUACGACCAUUACCGCACCCUCAUUGCCAACCACACGCCCACGGCCUUUUUCCCCUCGGCCUACACCUUCACGAACAGCUUCUCGACCUGGAAGAGCUCGUUGGCGACCGUGACGGCCACUGCCCAUGCCAUCAACAGCUCGGUGCCCAUUGUACCCUACACCUGGCCGCAGUACCACGGCAACUAUUCGUUCUUCCCUGUCGAUCUGUGGCAGCAAGAGCUCACCUACCUGGCGUCCCAGAGUGCAUCAUUGGCUGGCUUCAUCAUCUGGGGCGGCAAGAAUCACGCCGUCUGCAACGACGCAUGCCAGGCGACGGCCGGCCAGCAGCCGUGGCUGAACGCAACUCGCACGCUCCUGUCCUCGCUGUAUGGCCUGUACAACGGUUCGCCCACGCUUCCAGGCGCCCAGGUGUUUUCGGGCCUGUAG